AUGUUGUGCGCGCUUUUGUUUGCCUCCACAUGGCGUGUGAACGGGUACACAUUUAUAUUAGCUGCACACAAAGAUAGUCAAGGCCAUUUGCACACAUCAUACGAUGAUAAAGAUUACGUCGGUGAGGUUGGCGAUGUGAAGAAGUUCAAGGAUAGCCAGAAUUGCAGUGUAACGCUAGAAUUCCUUCAGCGGAGUGUGACUGGAUUUAAACUUUGUCAGUGA